ACCGGGGAAGCUCGAACCCCGGCCUGUCCCCAGCACUACGCCGGAUCAUCGUCCUCCUUUCUUUCCAGCCAGGGAAGCCUCGAACGAGAAAAAAAGGCGUCCGAGUGGCGGCUGGGUCCCGUUUGCAGGACCCACUGGCUCCGCGCUCGCUUCCUUUUAGUUCUUCCCCCUCGGCAAAACCUUUCAAGCGCUAAACCCUCCAUUUUUCGCCCGUCUGUCUACAUGUCUGGGGUCGCCGUUCCUGAGGGCCACGCCACCGCGGUGGCUCUGGUGAUUCCGGGCAGUCCAACGGAGUUCGCCGAUGGAGAAGAGAUGAAGGCUGGAACUCACAAGAACCUCAGCGGAGCUCUCGAGGGCAAACUGGACGCGUUGGUGUUCUCUGGACGGUUAGAGGUGCGGGACUCGGUCUGUGGCGAAGCAGAGGCGAUGCGACGGUCGGAGGCCGACAAAAAGGGCGUAUGUUGUCCUUCCGGGAUGCAAGAGACCGUUGCAGGAGUGGUUUCGGAUUCUGCCUGUUGGUGCCAAAUGAAUGGUGAAGGAAGGAAAGAUGUCACUGGACAUGUGUUGGAUGGCAAAGAAACAGCGGAGUCUCUUACUAUGGUGACUAAAUCCAGCUUAGAGGGUCGAGAUAGUGGGGAGUUGAAGGAACCUGUUGAAGUCAAAGAGGAAGCACCAAACAAUUUCCUGGAGAGCACGAAAAGCCUCGGUAAAUAUGAGGCAACUUCUGCAGCAUCCGAAAGGUCGACGGGAAACAUUCCAAACUAUCAGUUCGAGUUCGACCCACAAGGGGAAUUGUUAGAACAGAUACCAGGACAUGAGGCAAACGAUAUAAAUGACUCAGAGUUCUCUGUAAGAGGACAACAGAUUUGUAGUAACUCUUUUGUUGAUGAUCACAUAGAAACCCUUGAAAGUCUCGAGACGACGAAAGAUAAAUUAUUAGCAUUAAAGGGGGCCACGUUUUCCAGUGAAUGUCUCAAGGAAACUGAUGAGAAGGAAUUUUCUUGUGAUGGCAGUGGCAUUCCUUUCGAGAACGUUUCGACGUCCCAUAAGACAAGAGAUACUCUUAAUGUUGAGUUGAGUUCUUCAAUCUUGACUGAUUGUGGGACGAAUAAAAAAUGUUCGAAUAAUUACAGUAUUGAAGAGUUACUGGCAUUGAGAUUAACUAAUGUUGAAGGACAGCAGGAAAGAUGGACUUAUAUCUAUAGUCAUCUUGGACCUGUUGCUCGUGAGCUUGAUGAAAUCGCAGCUUCUGAACAGCCAAGGAAAAGCCGGGACAACGUGGAUAGAAAGCAACGAAAAAAAGGCCUCAAAGAUUCAGUACCAGAGGUUUCGUGUUUCCAGGUUUCACAUACUGACGAAAUCUCAGCUUCUGAACAGCCAAGGAAAAGCCGGAAGAACGUGGAUAGAAAGCAACGAAGAAGAAAGCUCAAGGAUGCAGUUCCAGAGGUUUCGUGUUCCCAGGUUUCACACACUGAUUCUCGUCUAUUUGGGGAAUCAGUCAUUGAGAAUCUUGAGGAGGAUCAUGAAUCUAUAGGCACAGGCACUUCUGAUUAUGUCCUUAGUGUCAAUCCAGAUGCUGAAAAUGUUGAGAAGGAUCAUGAAGACAUAGGGACUCCUGAUUGUGUCCUCAGUGUCAAUGCAGAUGUUAACUCUGCUAUUGAAGUUGAGUGCGAGGAGUAUGAGAGUAGUGAUGAUGAAUAUAAUAGCAUUCAAAGGCCUGCAUUUUCUGUCGAAGGAGAACCAGAUUUUGAAUCAGGGCCACCUCAGGAUGGCCUUGAAUAUCUUCGACGUGUCAGGUGGGAGGCCAUGCAAAUUCCAAAUGUGAAGGUGGCAAAGCUUGAUAAAAGCAAGUUGAAGGUGGAGCAAACACCUUAUAUGCCAUCAAUUCCUGAGAUUGCUGAUUGCCCAAAUGAUUUUGUACCAUCACAACAUUGGGUGGAAACAUUUCUAACUGAUUUUUCAGAACUGAAACAGGCUCUGUCACAAAUGGGGGGUUCUGAUAUCGAUGCAUCAUCAUCGAGAAAAAUAUUGGAUAAACAAGGAGGUGAAUUCAGGUUGUCAUCUAAGAUGCCUUUGUUAUCUGUGAUCCUCAACCUGGAUGCUGUUUCUCAAGCAGCAAUUUUGAGGAAGCAUGUUCAGGUGCUUGAACAUAGCCAAACAUUGUCGAGACGGGACUUGGAAUGGGCAUUUGCUCUGUUUCUCGCACUGGAUGAACCAGUUAAUGCAGAGACAGCUGCAUCCAUCCGAUGCUUGCUGAGAAAAUGUGCACAUCUCCGUGCAUCAAAGGUUGAUUAUGACGAUGAUGUUGUAAUGAUGAAUAUCAUCAUAACCAUUGCUGGUAAGUAUUUUGGCCAGUCAGACAAAUAAUAUACUUUAUGUGUUCUCUGGUAUGAUAAAUAGCAUUGUUCUGAUCACUAUGACCUGCCGCUGGUGAGGAUAUAGCUGACUUUGGCGUUCAUUGGCUCGAUUUCCUGGUCCUUCAUUGAUCUUUUAGCCAUACUUUUGACUGGUAUUUCCCAAUUAUUGCAUCUCGGUGGGUUGGAUUUUUUUACAACUGGACCAACUUGAGAAAUCUGUGAGCUGCUUGCAAUGGCUGAAGAGUAUCGUUUGAUGUACUUGUCAAUAUAUAUUUUCUGUUAUAUAGGUAGUUUCUGUUCAUAUGGCUUUUUAGAGCUUGUUAUUUUGAGACAGUAAGGUUAAAUAAUGACAAACUUUUUUGUUUUACAAA